AUGAAGAUGAAUCCCCUCGUUGCAGAUACGCUGGCGAACCCGCGAUUUCAAUUGUUCGCGACUGCUGUAUUCUCAGGUGCCACCGUCGCCUCGCUCAUCCUGGGCUACCAGUCCUUGGAACGUGGUCAGAGGAUCUCACGAUUGAAGAAUUCGAUACCAAGAAGUGAGAGGGAUGACGGCAAGGUGAACUACCCAGAUCCUCCAGUGGAUAAGGAGGACGCUCGCAACCAGGCACUGGCCAGGCGCGCGCAGGCAGGAGACUUUGACGAGGAACUCAUUUUGGAGCAGCUGGCCCGGAACAGAGUCUUCCUCAAGCCUGAGGGGCUGGACAAACUGCGCGACUCAUUUGUGGUCGUUGUGGGUUGCGGUGGUGUCGGUUCUCAUGCUACGGCGUCGCUCGCCCGGUCCGGCGCAUCGAAGAUCCGUCUUAUUGAUUUCGACCAAGUCACACUGAGCUCACUGAACCGGCAUGCGGUGGCAACGCUUGCGGAUGUGGGCACCCCCAAGGUUCGCUGUCUGGAAAGGCGAUUGAUUGCCAUCGCCCCAUGGGUUCAAUUUGACCUACGCCAGGAGAAGUUCGACGAUGAUGUAGCCGAAAAACUCCUGGGCCCUUGGGGGGAAACUGACCGCAAGCCGGAUUUCGUUAUUGACGCAAUCGACAACAUUGACACCAAGGUUGCAUUACUCAAGUACUGCCACGACAACAAGCUCCCCGUGAUUAGUUCAAUGGGAGCUGGUUGCAAAUCAGAUCCUACCCGCAUCAUUGUGGGUGAUAUAUCAACUAGCACUGACGAUGCGUUAUCUCGUAGCACGCGGCGUCGUCUCAAACUAGUAGGAGUUCACACGGGAAUUCCUGUUGUGUAUUCCAUGGAGAAGACUGGUGAUGGCAAGGCUGAACUCCUCCCUCUCCCCGAAGAAGAAUUUCAAAAGGGCUCCGUGGGCGACCUUGGGCCAAUGGCAAACUUUCGAGUUCGGAUUCUCCCAGUACUCGGAACGAUGCCUGCCGUCUUUGGGCUGACCGUCGCCAAUCACGUUAUUCUCGCAUUGACUGGCUACCCUUACGACUACGCGCCAGGCAAAGGCCGGGAUAAAUUGUAUGAUGGAGUCUUCAACUACGUCCAGGGCGUGGAAGAGAAGCUACACAGACUCUUCCACCCUAACCUCACGGGCCUCAAAAUUCCGUUGACAACGAACGACGUCGCAUUCCUCCUGGAUGAGCUGUACCAAGGAAAGAGCGUCAUCACGGGCAUUUCUACAAAGAUCGUGUUGAUACGGUGGCGCAAGCCUAGCGAGGACAACUUGAUCGUCAUCGGUGAGGAGCCUCAAGUCCAGAGGAGUUCGCGACUGAAGCUGAGCGACUUGGUGUGCAUGACGAAGGAAGAAGCCACAAGGCAUGAAAAGAGGAUUUUCAAGAAAGGAAAGAAGCUUGAGGACCUGUAUGAUGCUGAAACGAUAGCAAGGGUCGACGCGAAGAGACUGAAGGCGGACCGGUAUGAGGCCUAUCGAGCUUCCCUGUGA